AUGGGCGAUAAAGAGGGCGAUGUCAAAACCGGUGAAGUAAAGAGAAUAGACCUAGACGAUGUGCUGGUCAACGAACUAGGCCAAUUUGGGCCCUUCCAGCUUCGGUACAUGAUAUUGGUAGCUAUCCCUCUCAUCAUGUCCGCCUUUAUGAGCGAAUAUAUCUUCUCCGCUGCAGCCAUUCCACACAGAUGCCGCGUUCCCGAAUGCGGGGAAGACACUAAGCUAGUGCCGUUCGAGCCCAACUGGCUUCUUAAUGCGAUGCCCGACAGAGGAACAGCCUCGUCAACUUGUAAUCGGUACCAACCAGUAGACAAUCCUGCAGUCAACGGCACCCUUGAAACUUGCCCUGCAUCCCUCUUCGAUCAAUCGGUCACUGUUAGCUGCGACACUUUUGUCUACGCGCGGGAUAAUUCCGUUGUAUACGAUUUCGAUCUUGGAUGUCAAGAAUUUAUGCGAGUAUUAGCCGGUACUCUUAACAGCGUGGGAACUUUGUUGGUACUCCCGAUCACUGGAUACGUUUCUGACAAGUUUGGCAGAAGAAUUGCGCUCAUCAUCAGCGUGUUUAAUCUGGCUCUCAUUGGACUCAUCAGGGCCUUUUCCGUCAACUACAACAUGUAUUUGGCUCUACAAAUUCUACAAACCACUCUCGGUGCCGGCACAUUCAGUUCGGCUUAUGUUUUCGCUGCGGAACUUGUCGGACCGAAAUGGAGGGUAGUGGCAAGUGCAACGGCAACUUCUAUGUUCGCUACCGGUCAAGUGAUUUUGGGUGGUGUCGCGUGGCUGAUCCAGCCCUGGCGCUACAUGAUUAUGGCGCUUCACAUUCCUUGCUUUUUGAUCAUCUCGUACUAUUGGAUUCUCUCUGAGAGUAUCAGGUGGCUGUUGUCUAAGCAAAAGUUCGAAGAGGCGAGAAAGGUUCUCGAGAACAUCGCAAGGGUUAACAAGAAGCAGAUCAGCGAGAAGUCUAUGGAAGGGCUUCUGACACCACCACCUGUUACUGACGAAUCCGUUAAGGAAAAUAAGGACGGCUUAAUAAAAACAAUACUUAGAUCGAAGAUUUUAUUACGUCGCGUUUGCACCACUCCAAUCUGGUGGAUCACCACAACCUUCGUUUACUACGGACUCUCUAUUAAUUCCACGAGUCUCUCCGACACCAUCUAUCUCAACUACAUCCUGACGGUGGCCAUCGAGAUUCCCGGCUUCUACACGGCGGUCUUCAUUCUAGAUAGAUUAGGAAGAAGGCCGACCCUCUCGGCCGGUUUCUUCUUCAGCGCUGCCUGCAAUAUCGCUUUCGUGUUCAUCCCUCAAGAUUUGAACGUGGUCCGUCUCGUGAUCUACCUGGCGGGCAAGUUUGGCAUUUCUCUGGUGUUCACGUCUCUCUAUUUAUUCACAUCGGAGCUGUACCCUACUGAAUUCCGACACACUCUGCUCGCCUUCUCUUCCAUGGUCGGCAGAAUUGGCUCUAUCACAGCACCUUUGACACCAGUACUUAUGGAUUACUGGCACGGUAUCCCUUCCAUGAUGUUCGGCGGCAUGGCUAUCCUCUCGGGCAUCCUCAUCCUCACUCAACCGGAGACUGUCGGUACUAAAAUGCCAGACACGUUGGCCGAAGCAGAAGCGAUUGGAAGAAAGGGAAAGGAACGAUAA